GGGGACUACCCGGCUACGCCGUAAGUGGAGUGGAGCAGCGGCGGCCGCAGCACGGGGUAUGCAAACCGAAAUGGGUCCACCGGGUGGAGGAUCGGGUUACUCCGCGACACCAAGCAGCGCUGGUUACGUCACAGAGAAGAUGUACAUGUUGUUGCAAGCGUAUUUACAAAAUAAAGGCUGGAAUCCUAGUAUCGAGCUACUACAAUGCUUCUCGGAAUUUAAGGAUGCCUCUAUGAUGCCUAGCGCCGCCUAUUUACAGAUGAUGGCUUCUAGAGUUGCACUGGAUUCACAGGGAAGACUAGUCCUUAGAGAGAAUGGCAAAAUAAUACUACCCUAUGAACACUUUGCCAAUGCCGUAAUGUUGAAACACAUGAAUGGGCCGCAUGGCUUACACUUGGGAUUAGAGGGUACAGUUAGAGCAGUCAUGGAAUCUUACACCAUUGGAAGAGAAUGCUUCGGGAUGGAGAAAGAAUUUAUCAUAGAAGUCAUACAAAACUGUCCUAAUCCUGCUUGUCGUUACUACAAAAAUCAGCUGGAGCUCACUCAGAAGAUGGGUCACAUGGCACCGACUUAUAUUCAAGAGAAUGAAGCGACUGCGUCUCUUUUACGUACCGGUUUUCCACAUAGCACAGAUUUCCAGAGCCUAAGCAGCGCUAAUCCGAAUACACAUAUGGGAGGAGGAUCCGCGGCGGAUUUAUCGGAGAUGAGGAGUGCUGGCAACCAAAUGAAUCUUCAACGUCCCCCAAGCCGUCCGUCAUUAAAUAUUCCGCAUCGGCCUGUAUCGCAAGAGAAGAAAGUGCCAUCCGGCAAGCAGCAUUAUGAAUCUCUAAUACCUAAUAUACCAAUCUCCGAUCACAAGUUGACGGACUUUUUACGUACCAAUCUGGAUAACUUGGACAAUCUCACUUCUCUCGGUUUAGGAAACUUACAAGGAUUAGGAAACGCCAAUAAGGACUUAUUAGCGCUACACAACGGCGCAUGGCCUUUAGAAAGUGAAAAAGGAUCCCGAUCAUCGUCUUCAAAUUCAGAAGGUGGUCAAGAGAAGAUUGUGCGCGCUUUCGCAGAAGUGAUGAAAAACAUGGCAAGGAUGAAAGCUUGCGUACGACCGGCAAUGUGCAAGCCGUACGGCAAACAAUCCGAGGCUCUGCAAAAAACAUUGGUCGAUACCAUACAGCUUGUACAGUCGUUGAGAAGCUUUUUGCCGCCUCCACAUAUACCAGUUUCGAGCUGGAAAAACGAAGAUAAACACCGAUUAGAUCACACCGGUACCCCUUACCUGUCAACGUUAAAAGCUAGCGGGAUGGAAGAAUUAUGCGAGCAGCGUAAGUUAGACUAACCGUCGUCUUCGCUUU